CGCAGACGGGUGCCGCAGCAGUUGGGGUCUCGGGGAUCACCAUCGUCAUCGGUAAUUCACUGCCUUCCUCUCGAGCCCACGAGCGGCAGCUCCGUUUCUGUUUUAUCGCUUCCGGAAUUAUUUAGUUGUGUCCGGCGGGGAUUUCUGACAAAGUUCUUACGGCAGUAGCAGCAGCAGCAGUAGGAGGAGGGAAGUUCCUACUGUGAACUUUUCCUGAGGCGAUGUGGCCGAGUGCAGCACCCGCCCGGGCACGUUUCUUCGUGGAGCUCCUUCUGUUUCUCUUUCUCUCUCUCACACACGGAGACGCGCGCGCUGUUUGCUGAUAUUAAACUGUCAGUUUUGAUGUGCUUUAUAAUUCCUCCCUGCUAACGUCAUUCUCUUUCACCACUGCGUUCACCCCACAGUCUGGCGGCACAGUGCCACUGGUGCUCGCGCUCCUCCGGCGAGGCGUCAAGGAAAGGCCGCGGCUCGUCGCGGAAAACGGGCCCCGCCGCGGGAGCGCGCCAGGCUGCGGUACAGGGACCGGUACGCAGGGAGAAAGAGCGGAGCGUCCGAGCGUCGCCUCGGCCCGGCCCGGCUCGGCACUCCCGGUCCCCCGGUCCCCGGCGGCGAAGGCCGGGCAGUGUGAUCGCCUGUAAGGAAGGAGUCGACGGGUGGUGGUGCGGUCCGCCGAGUCCUUCCGGACGGGUUCCCGAUGGGCUGAGCGCCAGCUGGCACCGCGCGCCUUUUUUGUCACCACUCGCUGCUGUGUGUCAGACGGUGAGGAGAAGCGAGACCCCGCAGCCGCCCGGAGCCGCCCGGGGAACAUGAGCCCCGCUGGGGAGCGUGCGGUGGCGGCAGUGGCGGUGGAGACUUAUAGCGAGCAGCGGCGGGGGCUCCUCCGGAGCUCCCAGGGGCCGCUCGAGGCACGAGGUGAUACUGAUACGCGCUUUUGGGCUUGACACGUUAAAACACCUCCACGUUUUUCUUCCCUCAAGUGUGUUUGCAAACUGUGGGAAUAUGUGCGCGGCAUGCGUGGAGGCGGCGGGUAACGUGACUUGAGAGCAACUGUACUCCGGGGGGGGGGGGCUCCGGAGGCGCGCGAGCCGCUUUUGACGUCAGCAGCGCGCGGACGGGCUCCUGGAGGGGCGCGGGACAGACUGUGCUCAACGGCCGGUGCGCCGCUUACGCACGAGAGGCUUCUGCUCGCACAUUCUGUGUGUGUGUGUGGUUUUUUUUUUUUUUUUUUUUUUUUUCCCCCUCCCCCCUUUCUUCACGUUGACACUCUAUUCCCAAGGGUUUCUUUUUCCACCCAGUAUUCUGCCUUUUUCCAGUUGAAGAACAAAAAAAGGAUAUAAUAGAAGGGAUACCGGAGAAACUUGACUCCAUUGACGUGUGCGUCUGCUUCCCUACCAGCUCACCACUUCUAAGGGGAUCAGUGGUUGCCGCUGAGCUUUCUUCUUAGCUUCAGGUCGCCUGUUGCUGAACAUGGCUUCCCAGGAUCGGCAGCUCCUGCACAACACAGAGGUGAGCUGCGCCGGCGGCGGCGACGGCCCGGUGUCGGUGUGCAUCGGCAACAGCGGCACGAAGCCGUCCAGGUCAGAGUCGGAAGCUCAGCAGCCCUUGAAGUACAGCAUUUCAUCCAGCUGCAGCUCAGGAGACUGGGCCACGUACAGGUCGGUCGCGGAGAGUCGGGGGCUGCGCCGGGUGCCGCAGCUGUUCGAGCAGUCGGCGGCACAGUGCUGGGACCCUCGUUUUGACUCGCCCAUUCUGGAGCAGGCGUGCCGGGAGCGGUGCUUCCCGCAGACGCAGCGCCACUUCCGCUACGUGCUCUUCUACCUGGCCACUGCCGGCCUCCUCUGGGGGGUGUACUUUGGAGCGAACAGCAGCUACUGUGACCCCGUUCCCUUCCUGGUGCCUACAGCCAUCUUCCUCCUCUUCUGCUUCCUCCUCUUCCUGUUCACCUUCACCCAGCCUUACAUGCGCCUGUACAGCCAGGCCUCGCUGCUGCUCGUCACUGUGACCUUUGUCCUCACACUAGCCUUGCAGACUCAGAGCAGCCAUCUGCCAGAUGACGGUGGUGGAGGGAACGACUCGUUGCACAGUCCCCGACAUGUGUCCUGCAUCUCUCCUGUUGGAACCUUUUCUCUGUGUGUGGAGGUGUUGCUCCUCCUGUAUUGUGCGCUCCAUGUGCGCCUAUAUGUUUCUGUGCUGCUGGGCCUUUCCUACUCAGUGAUGUUUGAGGCCUUGGGCUGGGUGGCCCUGGCAAAAGGCAACAUCAUGGGCCUAGAGAUGCUGAGCUGGCUGGUGCCAGCCAGGGCCCUGCUGCACCUGUGCACCCAUGUCCUCGGCGUGCACCUGUUCAUCACGUCGGAGGUGCGCUUGCGCAGCACUUUUCUUAAAGUUGGCCAGGCUGUUAUGCAUGGCAAGGAUUUAGAAGUGGAGAAGGCCCUGAAGGAGCGCAUGAUCCACUCGGUGAUGCCCCAGCGAGUCGCUGACGAGCUCAUGAAGCAAGGUGACGACGAGAGCGAGAGCUCUGGGCGGCGCUACUCAACCAGUGCCGCUGCUGUUGGCUCGGUUAACGCCGCUGCCUCUUCUGCCAGCCCCAAGGGCAACAAGAGGAAGAAGACCUCAAUCCCUCGGGGCCAGAUCAUCUUCCGGCCCUUCAACAUGAAGCGCAUGGAGCCUGUCAGCAUCUUGUUCGCAGACAUCGUGGGCUUCACUCGCAUGAGUGCCAAUAAGUCUGCCCAUGCCCUGGUUGGCCUCCUCAAUGACUUGUUUGGCCGCUUCGACCGCCUGUGUGAGCUGACCUGCUGCGAGAAGAUCAGCACACUCGGGGACUGCUACUACUGUGUGGCUGGCUGCCCUGAGCCCCGGGAAGACCAUGCCUACUGCUGUGUGGAGAUGGGUCUCGGCAUGAUCCACGCCAUUGAGCGGUUCUGCUGUGAGUCGUGUGAGACGGUGGACAUGCGGGUGGGCGUGCACACAGGCACUGUGCUCUGCGGCAUCCUGGGUAUGAAGCGCUUCAAGUUUGAUGUCUGGUCCAACGACGUCAACCUGGCCAACCUCAUGGAACAGCUUGGCGUGGCUGGAAAGGUGCACCUUUCAGAAGCUACUGCCAGCUUUUUGGACGACCGUUACUGGUGUGAGGAUGGCCGGGUGGAGGAGCGCCAUGGGCGGAACAUCGUGGUUGACCAGCUCAAAGGGCUUAAGACAUACCUGAUCUCGGGGCAGAAGACAGACUGCUCUCAGUGCAGAUGCACUCAGUAUGAGGUGGAUGGGUUUGACCCUGCAGCCCCCCUGAGCAUCAGCAACCUGCAGGACCGCGGUGACCCCCCGCCGCACACGCACAACUUCAUCUUGUCGGCAGCUGGAGUGUCACGGGGACCCCACAGCAAGGCCAAGGCCGGCUGUGCUGCUUGUGCCGGAGGUCCAACGCCCGGGGAGGACCGAGUGCCGGAGGACAGUGCUCUGCAGAAUGGCGGUCAGGAGGAGCACAAGACCCAGAGUGACAAGGUGUCCCAGAGCCGCAGUGCCCUGAAUGGCCUGCUGAGCCCCCCCAGGGAGGAGGCGGCUGGCACCAGUCAGACCUCUCUGUCCGAUAUGUUGCAGGAGAAGGCGGGUGGACCGGGGGGUGCCGCAGACCGCUCCACUCUGAUCCCGCUACGCGCCAAGGGCUUACGCCAAAGAAGUGACGAGCACUUUGUGGAAGUGAUCAAGGAGGACAGUCUCAUGAAGGAGUACUUUUUCAAGCCCCCCAUCAACAAGCUGAGCCUGAACUUUAAGGAAUCCCUGGAGACAGCGUACCGCUCCAGCUUCCAAGAGGAGCUGGAGGCGCAGGAAGCCACACACACCUUCGUGAGCCCCAUCUUCAGCUCUUUCCUUGAUGUGCUCAUCUCCUGCGUGGUGUUCUUCCUGCUGGAGCUCGCCUGCUUCCUGAGGCCUUUGUUGAGCAGCGAAGCCCCCCCCUCGGCUGCCCUGGCCUUUGCCAUCCUCGCCGGCCUGCUGGAGGCGCUCGCACUGUUGCUGUCUGUGCGCAUGGCGUUUUACCUGGACAGCCUGGUGAGCUGCACUCGAACCCUGCUCAGGUUCAUCGCCGCCUGGCUCCCUCGCCACCUCAUUGGGGCAGUGCUGGUGUCCCUUCCUGCGGUGUCCAUCUUCACACACGUUACUUGCAGUCCCCACCUCUCUGUGCAGUUUGAUGUGUUCCUGUGCUGCGCUGCCAUCGUCGCCAUAGUCUACUACUGCAACUUCUGCCAGCUGAGCUUCUGGAUGCGCUCAAGCCUGGCCACUGUGGGCGGGGUCGCUGUGCUCGUGCUGCUCCACAGCCCCCUCUGCAGGACCCACACCAGCAACUGGACCAACAGGAGCAGUGAAGUGGAGCUGUGGCCACGGACAGCGAUCGGGGUCCACGAGCUGCUGGGCUCCGAAGCCGUGCUCGCAUUCUUCCUGCUGCUGCUGCUCGUGUGGUUCCUGAACCGCGAGCUCGAGGUGGGUUACCGACUCCACUACCACGGCAACGUGGAGGCUGACCGGCACCGCAUCCGCAUGCAGAACAUGCGCGACCAGGCAGACUGGCUGCUGGGCAACAUCAUCCCGAUGCACGUAGCUGAGCAGCUGAAGGUGACGCAGAGCUACUCCAAGAACCACGACGAUGUGGCUGUCAUCUUCGCCAGCAUUGUCAACUUCAGUGAGUUUUACGAGGAGAGCUACGAGGGCGGCAAGGAGUGCUACCGUGUGCUCAACGAGCUCAUUGGCGACUUCGACGAGCUGCUGCGCCGGCCUGCCUUUGCCCACGUCGAGAAGAUCAAGACCAUCGGCGCCACCUACAUGGCAGCGUCUGGUCUCAAUGUGCAGCAGUGCCUGGAGCAGGCGGAGUCCCGCGGCCAUCUGCGCGCCCUCUUCGACUUUGCACUUGAGAUGAUGCGUGUCAUUGACGACUUCAACAAAAACAUGCUGGGCUUCCAGUUCAAGUUGCGCAUUGGCUACAACCAUGGGCCGCUGACGGCCGGCGUCAUCGGCACCACAAAACUGCUGUACGACAUCUGGGGCGACACGGUGAACAUCGCAAGCCGCAUGGACAGCACGGGCGUCGAGUGCCGUGUGCAGGUGAGCGAGGGCAGCCAUGCUGCGCUCAGCUGCAUGAAAUAUGACUUUGAGUACCGCGGCACCGUCAAUGUCAAGGGCAAGGGUCAGAUGAGGACCUUCCUGUACCCCCGACAGCGGCCGGCCGUGCUGCCGGACGCUCCUUUGACCGGCCCGGAGCCAGGGGUGCAGCAGGGGGGCGCAUCGCCAACAGCCCAGCCGGUCCUUGCUGAGCCUGUCCCAGGGGAGAUGGCCCCGCCUCCCUCAGAGAAACCCAAGGGCAGCAACGGUGUUCCAAGUGCCCUGCGAACCCCUGGAAUCCUACAGGGAGGCCCUGUAGAAAGCCCCAGCCCGUGUGUGUCACAGUCCUCUGUCAGCCACACGCUCCUCCCCUCAGCACACAGGGGAGAGCGGGAGGAUGAGCAGGAGGAUGAGCUGACUGCACUGAGAGCAGCAGAGCACCUAUGACGGCGCUCCCCCAGCUUCUGCCUGUGCCUCUGGAUGGCAUCAGUGAGCCUUUCUCAUGGGGAGCAGGCAGAUGUGUGAAGGGGUCAGGGGCGAGGCUGCAAGAUGCCAUGGGAGCUGCUUUCCCCUUUUAAAAUGUGCUUCUUUUACCUUCCUGGUUAAUCAAGUGCCUUCACAGUAAAUGAGUGGUAAAAUUUCCUCAGAUAAUGAAACACAACAAAGGGAUGAGAAACGAAGGGAAUAAA